AUGCAUGAAAAUGAAACUCAAUUCGUCUCAGAUAAUAAUUGUUCUUAUUGCUAUGUACCAUUUUUCGAGGAAUUAUGGUGUAAUAAAUGUGAUCCUUCGCGUAUAAUUGAAGGAUGGACUAGUGGACAUUCCGAUAUUGAUAAGUUCAUAAAAGAAACAAUAUAUAAAGCAAGAAAUAAAGAAUAUAGUCUAAGAUUUCUUGAAUGGGUGCCUUUAGAUAGAUUCAUAGACAUAAAAGAAAUUGGUGAAGGUGCAUUUUCCAAAGUGUAUUCCGCAACGUGGAUCGUUGGUAAAUCAAAAUUUGAAAAACAAGAUGAUGGAAGUUGGAAAAAAUCAGAUCCUGAACCUAUGAAGGAAGGAUUUGAAGAGGCAGAUAAAGCGAUACCAAAUAUUUCAAUUUCACGUAAAACGAAUCCUGAUGCUAUAUAUACAAGUAGAGCAUUUACAUUUAAAAUUUGA